GCGUGCGGCCCGUGGCCCCAGCGAGCCGCCGCGGUUCGAGGCCUCGGCCGAUGCCCCUCGCCAGGGCGCCCCGCGCCGCGGCGGGCCGCCGCGCGGGCGGGCGGCCAUGGAGCACGAGGCUGGCCCGGCGCCGCGCAGCGCCUGGGAGCAGCUGGACCUGCGCGACGCGGCGCGCUUUGUCGCCAACCAAGCGCGCCAGGCGCAGGAGGAGGCGUGGGCGGGCGCCAGCCUGGACAACCGGCAGGUGUGGGGCGCCCGCGAGGCCCAGAGCCUCCACGGCGCCCCGCUCCGCUCCGCCAUCCGCGCCCUGCACCGCGCCCGCGCGCUGGCGGCGGGCCUGCGCCAGCCGCAGAGCCUGCUGCACGGGUGGAUGCUGGCCGGCCUCGCCGAGCGGGUGAUGGAGUUCGACAGCGACGCUGGGCCACUCAUGGAGUUCGCCUGCGCGCGGGGGUCCCCGGGCGCAAUGCCGAGCGGGGCCGCGGGCGGGCUGAGGGUCUGCGCCCGGAAGCGGCCGCUGCUGCCCUUCGAGCUGGAGGCGGAUGGCUGGGACGCCGUGGAGGUGUGCUGUCGAGAGAGCGCCGUGCUCUGCCAUGACGGCAAGAUCCAUCGCAGCGGGCGCUCUCUGUCGAUGGUGCACCGGCGCUUUCCGCUGCACCGUGUGUGGCCCGCUUCGGCGACCACCGAGGAUGUGUACCGCGACGAGGUCGCGGAGCUUCUUGCCGUCGCCCUGGGCGGGGGCAGCGCCACCUUGCUGUGCAUGGGCCAGACGGGCACAGGGAAGACCCACACGAUGUGCGGCGUCGCAGACUGCCUUGUGCGAGACCUGCGGGGCCGGGGCGUCUGCGUGGAGUUCAUCGAGAUCUACGGGCGGAGGUGUCUGGACCUGCUGGCCGACCGUGCGGAGGUCCUGCUCCGCACCGACCAGGAGGACCGCGUGUGCGUCAGCGGCCAGAGGCGGGUGGAGCUGCCCGACGGCAGUGGCCUGGCGGAGGUGCUCCGCGCCGCGCUGGCGCUGCGCGCGUGCGAGAGAACGGAGCGGAACGAGGCGUCCUCGCGCUCGCACGCUGUAUGCACCCUGACCCUGGCCGGGGCGGGUGCCCUUCGGCUCGUGGACCUCGCGGGCAGCGAGCGGAACUUCGAGACCACCAUGAUGACCGCGCAGCAGCACCGCGACUCGGCGGAGAUCAACUCGUCCCUCAUGGCCUGCAAGGACUGCUUCCGCGCCCACGCGGCGCUCCAGCGGGGCGACCGCGCCGUGCUGCCGUUCCGGCGCUCGCGCCUGACGCGGGUGUUGCGCACCUGCUUCGUGGACGUGGCCCACAGGACCGUCGUUGUCGGCACGGUCUCACCCGCCGCGGUCGACGUGAUCCACACGGCCAACACGCUGAAGCACCUGGCGAUGCUCUCCAAGCCACUUGCGGACGCCGCCUCCGAAGUGACGGUGAGCGUGCCCCUCGGCACGGGCGCCAAGGCCGCGCCUGGCGGCGCGCGCGUGGCCGAGUGGUCGCACGCCGACGUGCUCGCAUGGCUCUCGGAGGCGGAGAACGGGCGCUUCGCCCACGUGGUGGUGCCCCCCGGCCUGGACGGCGCGCGGCUCCUGGCCGCCGGAGAGGCUGGCCUCGCGGAGCUCUUCGAGGGCGCGAUGCGGCGCGGCCGCGGGGAGAACGAGGGCGAGGCGUGGACGGUGUCGGCGCACCGGGCGGGCCGCCGCCUGGGGCGCGCUAUCUUCGCCGCGGCGCGCCGCGAGGUGGCGGCCGAGGCGCGGCGCGAGGCGCUGGGCGGCGAGGCCUCGAGGCGCGGGUGCCCUGCCGCCGGGCCAACCUUCGGGUGGCUGGGCGCGCCCUCGGCGGCGCGCCUCGCGGCGCUGCUGGAGCGCGCCGAGGAGGCCUGAGCGGCUCGGGCGCGGGCCGCGGCUCGAGCAAUUCAGGGGGGGGGGAGCACGUCCCUCCCAAACGUCCCCCUCAACUCGAGAGCACGUUGAUACAGUGCGUGCCGCUGGUGCUUGUCGGUGCGGCGGUCGCUCUCGAGCGGGCGAUCGCACCAGGGCCCGCGCCUGGCCACCCUGAGCACAAACCGAGCUCCGCGGACUUUCUCCGCC